UUGCAGAAUUAAUAUUCGGUAGAAAUGCAUAAACCAAAACCUACCAACCUAGAGGGGGUUUGCAGGCGGCACAUUUGUCCUCAUCAGUCUCAGAGGCCAAGCAGAGGUGGUGAAGCCUGAAAGUGAGCUCAAGAUAGGGAAGGAAGGAGCCAACGAAGAAGAGCCAGGAGAGGUCCAAGAUUCCCUCUGGACCUUGGUUGGGUUCCCUUGUUUUUCCUUGGCUCAUUGCGAGGUCCUGGAUUUUGUGGCCGGCGGCUGCUGCGAGAAAGGUGGGGGUUUUGGUUUGGGGACUCUAGCCGCCACCAAUCAUUUGGUUCUGUUCUCUUGGGAUCAUCCGGACCUGCCAUUGCAAAAUUUGUAAGUAUCAGGUGCUGUUGCAGAAGUUGGUGAGGAAAGGGGUUAGCUGGAUUUUACAAGAACCAGCUGCUUCAAAUUGGGGAAUUUAACAUCUUCAGCUCCAUCUAGUUGAUUCUUGGAUUUGGGGCAUGGAGAGGCAGACCAGUUUCCAUCUGGGCGCGCUGGAGAAGCUCAAGAGCUUCCGGGGGAUCGAGAACUUCAGGAGGAGCAAGGACAGCCCCGGCAAGCGCGGCGACACGGCGCUCCACCUGGCGGCGAGGUCCGGGAGCGUCGCCCAUGUCCAGAAGAUCCUCGCCGAGUUCGACCGGGAGCUGGUCGGGGAGUUGGCGGCCCGGCCGAACCAGGACGGGGAGACGCCGCUGUACGUCGCCGCCGAGAAGGGGCACACCGAGGUGGUGCGCGAGAUCCUGAAGGUGUCUGAUGUGCAGACGGCGGGGAUCAAGGCCAGCAACAGCUUCGAUGCCUUCCAUGUCGCGGCGAAGCAGGGCCAUCUCGAAGUUUUGAAGGAGCUUUUGCAGGCUUUUCCUGCUCUAGCUAUGACUACGAAUUCUGUGAAUGCUACAGCUUUGGAAACUGCUGCCAUUCAAGGCCACAUUGAUAUUGUCAACCUUCUUCUGGAAACUGAUGCUAGCCUUGCCAAAAUUGCAAGAAAUAAUGGGAAAACAGUCCUGCAUUCAGCAGCAAGAAUGGGCCAUGUGGAAGUUGUAAGAUCAUUGUUAAAUAAAGAUCCAGGUAUUGGUUUAAGAAAAGACAAGAAGGGUCAAACAGCCCUACACAUGGCUUCAAAAGGAACAAAUGCCGAAAUUGUGGUCGAGUUGUUGAAGCCUGAUGUCUCAGUUAGUCAUCUAGAAGACAACAAGGGGAACAGACCACUGCAUGUUGCAAGUCGGAAGGGAAAUAUCGUUAUAGUGCAAAUUCUGCUAUCAAUUGAGGGGAUUGAAGUCAACGCGGUAAAUAGAUCUGGAGAGACUGCUCUUGCUAUCGCUGAGAAGAUCAACAAUGAAGAACUUGUUAACAUCCUGAGAGACGCCGGUGGAGAAACUGCAAAAGAGCAAGUGCAUCCUGCAAACCCAGCAAAGCAACUUAAGAAGACCGUGAGUGACAUUAGACAUGAUGUCCAGUCCCAGAUCAAGCAAACACGCCAGACCAAGAUGCAAGUCCAGAAGAUCAAGAACCGGCUUGAAAAGCUCCACAUUGGCGGGCUCAACAACGCCAUCAACUCCAACACCGUCGUCGCGGUCCUCAUCGCCACCGUCGCCUUCGCAGCCAUAUUCACCGUCCCUGGUAAUUUCGUGGAGGACAUGAGCCAAGCAGGGCCUGACAUGUCCUUGGGGCAGGCGUACGUGGCAAGCAACCCGGCCUUCAUCGCGUUCCUGGUCUUCGACUCCCUGGCCCUCUUCAUCUCGCUCGCCGUCGUGGUCGUCCAGACCUCGCUCAUCGUCGUGGAGCAGAAGGCCAAGAGGAGGAUGGUGUUUGUGAUGAACAAGCUGAUGUGGCUGGCGUGCCUCUUCAUCUCGGCGGCCUUCAUCGCCUUAACAUAUGUUGUGGUCGGCAACAGCGACUGGUGGCUGGCCUGGUGCACAAUGGCGAUCGGCGCCGUGAUCAUGCUGACCACCCUUGGCUCCAUGUGCUACUGCAUCGUCGCACACAGGAUGGAGGAGAAGAGCAUGAGGAAGAUCAGGAAGGCCUCUGGGAGCCAGUCCCACUCGUGGUCCAUGCCCGUUGACUCGGACCCGGAGAUGAUGAACACCGAAUACAAGAAGAUGUAUGCACUGUAGCCCGCGGUAAAAAUGGCAUCACGAGGAUCUGUACAUAACUAAGCGAUGUUUCGCUCGAGGUUAUUGGACCAAAGGAAUGACAGCAUCGAUGUGGGAAUUGGCAUGAACUGGUGCCAGUAUUUAGCUGAAAACAGUGAGUGAGGGUGACAGUACAAUGAUGGACUCAUGGUAUAGGAUCAAUGAUGUGUCCAUUACUCCAUUUCCAAGUCCAAUGGGCAUUUUAUAAGUUGUAUUUGUAGUGAUUGAAUAAGAUUAAAGUAAAAGCAUUUCCUCUCCCAUCUCACUAUUUCCCAUGAGCUCCUCUCAAUAAGGGCCUUUGGAAUGUAAAAUUUGAACAAAGCAGGAGUGUAGGAAAUCAAAAUAUAGCUAUUUGGAGGCUGGA